AUGAUACUCGGAGAAGCGCCCAUUUUCAGGGCCAGUGACUCGACGCUGCACUGGGUUGAUCCGCUCUCGGAACCUGCGAGGCUAUAUAUUCUGCAGCUUGAUGACUCGGGGUCUCCAGUUGGAGAGGCGCGGGUUCUUGAGCUCGAGGAUAGUGUGACGGUGGUGUGCUUCCGGAAGGACAAACCUGGGUACAUCGCUGCAUACUACCAAGGGGUUUGCUUUAUUGAUGAGGAGACAGGAAAGAUUGAGGUCGUCAAGGAGAUUAUCCCAACGGACCAGCGUGAUAUUCUCCGAUUUAAUGAUGGAGGGGUCGACGCCAAGGGUCGAUUCUGGCUGGCCGAGAUUGAUAAAAAGGCCAUCGCGCUGGGGGCUGGUGCAUCUUUGGAUGGUUAUGGGACACCGAUAGGACGUCUUUGGAGAUAUGACCCCGAUGGAAGUCUACAUUUGAUGAUUGAGGGCGGAAUUAUCUCUGGGAAUGGAAUUGCCUGGAGUCCAGAUAAUAAAACCAUGUACUUCAACGACUCCACGGCCUUCCUUGUCUGGGCGUACGACUUUGACCUGGAAACAGGAGAUAUAUCCAACAGGCGCUUGCUGGUUGACCGUCGCACGUCCUUUGGCGAGCCGGAUGGGAUGGUUGUAGACACCGCUGGAAACAUCUGGAUUGCCAUGUUCGGCUCGAACCGUGUAAUGGUAUUCGGCCGUGAUGGACGCCAACUGAAGGGCAUCACGUUCUCUGCUCGAAAUGUCACUUGCACUACCUGGGGAGGGAAGGAUUUUGACACGUUGUACGUGGCCAGUGCCAGGGACCGACGCCCGAAUGCAAGUAUAGACGAUGAAGGAGGGCAUAUGUUUCGGUUUAAACCGACAGAUGCCAAAGGACAGGCAAAGUACGAGUUUGAUGGUUAAAUUAUCAGAAUGAGUCUUAGAUAAAGUU